AUGGUCACUUCGUAUGAACGCAGCCUUGUCUAUCUUGGCGCUAUUAGACGCAUCAGAGAAACCAAGGUCGAGAUCGGAGAAAUCCACAAUAGUGUCACUGGAGGAUUAAGGUGGCAUAGCAUCUCCUGUGGUUACAUAUUGCAGGUUGAGCAAGCUCUAGCUUGGCGACCUUCUGUCCUGGGGAACAACUUGCUAGCUGGUGCUUCGGCCCCGACCGAGCCUUGGGGCUAUGGGAACUUCAUCUACGACGUUGACCACCCUAAUCCUAUCUCCCUUCCUAAGGGAUCAAAAGGCAACUGGGCGAAUCCGGAUGAAUCUUUGCUUGUCAAUAUUGUCCCUGGCGCCGGAAGGAGAACAAGGCCGAAAGGCAACGGAACAGUUGGUGUAUCCAACACAGUCAUUAUGUCGGUCGCAACAUCAUGGGGUUUCUUCGUAACUCAAAUGCAGGACCGUUGA